UUAAUUGCCGUUGAUUAGUACACAGUUGUAAAGGUGAGGGAAGGACUGCUUUUCUUGUUUUGAAAUCAACACAUGAAUGGAUCUAUUUAAUACCUGCCAUCAAACAUUCCUUGAAGACAACUGUGAGUAUAUUUGCACACCCCUUAACGCCAACAAGAAACUACUUUGAACAGCAGUUUGACUGCUCGUUCCUGAAACCCUGUCCCGAUAGUUAUAUUCCUCUCCGGGAUAAGGAAUUUGACUUUUGCACUCGCUUUAAAAUAGUGUCCCUUGUGUUGUAACAUCUCUAUCGGAAGAGCGUCCCAGGGAGGCAAAACACUUCUUUGCUCCUAUCAUACUAUCACACAGUAUGCACUCAAAAUAGGAACUGGGGCAUUAAAAACAGGAGGGUGACACUGUUGUCACAGAAGCACUUUUCUCAAAUGCCACCCUUUAACCAGGCCAGCCUCCCAGUCCCAAGCCUCACUGCUCUACGAAGCACACUUUUACCAUAGUUAUGAACUGGUCACGUGAAGGGAACAUCUAGAGUGGAGACUAGAGUCGGUAUUCUGUGUAGGAGGCUGGUUCUAAAGUGAUUAAGGAUUUGCAUUUAACAUGUAAGAAUCUUUAGUAGAUUAAUUCAUAAAAGAACCAGAGAAAAAAACAAGACUCUUACUUGUAGCUGUCGGUUUUUCCUGGCAGGUUUCCACCAUUUAAAAGGAAGUGAAUUUUAAAACAGAGAUUCAAAGUGAUGGCCUUGAUCUUGCAGAAAUCAAUCAUGUAUGUUUUUGUGCUGAACUUCCUCUUCCACGAUUAUAAGUGAUAAUUACAAUUUGCAUGCAUGUCAAUGCAUUUUAUACAUGUGGACCAUUAUGACCAGUAAGCAUUUCACACAGCAUGGUGAGUUUGGGGGGGAGUCAGUGACAUUGUAAAAUUAUUUUCAGUAUUGCACAUCAUAUAUACAAUUGUGCUAAAAAAUAAAAUUAAAACAAAGCCAUUACAUUAUUUCACGAUGUCAUUUAUUCUCAUUGCCCAUAUACUGUGUUUUUUUUUUUUUUUUGUUGUUGUUUUGUUUUGGUUCUUUUGCUUUGCAGUUAAUAUAAACGCAGCUGCCCAAAGCUCAGUCUAAUUCGUCACUAGUUGUUAAGUUAAUGCAUUUUCCUUGGCACGCUUCUCUUUGCAGGUUAUAAAAGUCUGUAGCCCAGUAGACAUUUAAAUGAAUCCAUUUACUGAUCAGCUUGGACCUGUUCCCGAAGGAGGAAGGAGGGGAGAGUUGGUGGGAUUGGGUGUCAAAAGGUGGAUCUGUUUUUCAGCGGCUGCUCUUUUUAGAAAGAAAGUCUGCAGCAGCACCAACACUGCAGAUUGAUUGUACUCCCUAUAAACUAUGGGUUGAUAUACACAGCACAUAUAAAGACACAUUGUCAAAACUUUUGUCACCAUUUGUUUCAGGACUACUGUGUUUUUAAUUUUUGUCUGUGUUUGCCCAGGCUAUGAAUUGCACACAAGAGAAACACAGUGGGAAAAGGGUUACAUUUGCAAAGUUAGUCUUCAAUGUCAGUGACCUCAGGCUCUGUGUAUUUGCAUAAAUAUGAUGGUAGGAUUCCCUGGUUUGUUUAUUAACCCUGUGCAGUCUGGAAUAAAUGUGACUUGCAUCCCUAUGAUUGAGGAAACUCAUAUACUCCCAGGCAACAUAGCCUUGUGCUAGGUCCACUAGAGGGCACUGUUUAAGAAAGGUCUUGUACCUAAACUAAAAACAGAUAAACAAACAUUACAUAUUGCCUCAUUGACAGCACAGCAACGGCAGCCUGUCGUCAAAUCCGUAACUCCCUCUGGAGUGGCUUCAGUAAUCCUUUCAACUCCUGAGCCCAUACAUUACAAAAACAAAUAAGUGCACUGCAGCAACAGUAGGGGGCGUGCUCUGAAACAGAUCCACAAUGGUACAAGCGGGCAACCUUUCUUACUUGAGAAUGCAUGCAAGAGAUUGGAAGAUUGAUGGAACAGGUCUACCGUUCAGCCAGAGGGUUAGCUCAAGACCAACAGCUAUUCACUAGAACUUAGAAAGCUGAGUUUGUGUAGCAGGCAUAGCUUAAUGAUAGACCCAUCAACCUCAUCAGGAAAGCAUUAUCUAACUUUGUUUUGAGCUGAUGGGGGCACCCCAUGUGUUAGUAGCAACAGUUCAUAGAGUGGUGCUCAACCUUAGCAGGUGACUGAUAAGAAGCAGACUUGUUUAUACUGUAGUCAGUUGCAGCUCUGUAUCUAUUAAUAAAUGUGUGUUCUUUCUCACCAAUGCCUCAGCAGAGUCGCACUUACUAUUAUCACAAAGAGCACAUGAAGAGGACUUUAGGCAAACCCACGUACGCAUAUGAGGCCAGACAAUACGUUCUUUCUCUGAAGCUGAUAACCUUGAACACACAGGUGUGGAAUCUAAUCGAGGGCUCCGGACCGGAAGAUUUUAGCCACUUGCCCCCAGAACAGCGAAGAAAGAAACUGCAGCAAAAGAUUGAUGACUUGAAUAAGGACAUCCAGAAAGAGAUGGACCAGAGGGAUGCUUUAACAAAAAUGAAGGAUGUCUACAUAAAGAACCCCCAGAUGGGAGAUCCCAGCAGUGUGGAUCCUCGGCUAGCGGAGAUCGGGCUGAAUAUAGAGAAGCUACAGCUCGAGUCUCAGAAAUUCGAGGGGUGGCUUGCUGAGGUGGAAGGAAGGCUGCCUGUGAAGAGUGAUCCUCCCCAACGACAGAGUGGAUUGUAUGAGACUCAGAACAGCACCCCUGUCAACAACAACUGCGCACAGGACCGGGAGAGUAGCCCUGAUGGCAGUUACACAGAAGAGCCGAGUUCUGAAUCCCAGAUAAAGAUCCCGACCACGGACUUCGAUGACGAGUUUGACGACGAAGAGCCACUCCCCACCAUCGGCAACUGCAAAGCUCUCUACCCAUUCGAAGGUCACAAUGAAGGAACCCUCUCAGUCACUGAGGGAGAAACGCUGUACGUAAUAGAGGAGGACAAAGGGGACGGCUGGACUCGGGUUCGAAGGAACGAGGAUGAGGAGGGAUACGUGCCCUCGUCGUACCUCGAAGUCUUUUUGGACAAAAAUGGCAAAGGUGCUAUGACUUACAUUUAAUCCAUGUUGAAAGCAGGUAAAGGGCUUCCAAAGUGCUAUCACUGGGCGAUUUACAGUGCAGGAGGGACAGGGGGAGCGGCACAAAGCACAUUGCACAGCCUUGUUUGGGAGCUGCAAUACAAGAAAACAAAUAACCGUUCCCCAGGCUCUGCUGGGGCCUGCUUGUGUCUCGCUGCUGAACUGCUAGUCAACAAUUAGCUGAGGGAUUAUUAGGGAGUACGCUGGUGAAUGGAAAAUACAGAGUGAUUCAAAAACAACGGACCAUUAAUCAGAACGUUAUUCAGUCCUGGCACAUGUAACAUCCGCAAAACUUUGCAACUACAGCGUGUGGCUUUGGCCUUUCUGGAUCAUUUUCAUGAAGGGCUGCACAUUCAGCACUUUGCUCAUAACUUGCACACAGGAGCCCUUAAAUCCAAACGUUCUUCAA